CGGGGUUUCUUUGGUUCUGAGUUUUAUCAGAGAGGAGGAGAAAUUUUGAUUUCUUUUCACCGCUUUUAACAAUCAUCGGUCGUUUCAGUCUUCAGUCAGCGGUGUUCCAGUCCUGCAACCAAAGACUAAAACAUGUCUAAGAAAGGUGCUAAAGGGAACGCUAAACCAAAGGAAGGUUCUAGGACAACGUCAGCCAAUAAGAAUGGGAAGAAGGCCGACUCUGAGUCCAGCGGCAGCAGCUUCUUCAUUUGGUUCAUCGUGUUGGCCCUGCUGGGUGUCUGGACAUCUGUAGCUGCGGUCUACUUUGACUUGGUUGACUAUCAGGGAGUUCUUGACAAGGCUAAGGGCUUACAAAUUAACCUGUCUGAGGCCUUGCAAGGUAAACUGGUGGCCUACGACACAGACGGCGAUGGUGAUUUUGAUGUUGAGGAUGCUAAAAUUCUGCUAGGACUGAAAGAGAAAGAUGUUGUCGUCAGUUCCCGCAGCCAAGAGGCCGCUGCCCCAGGGGAGACUGCUGAACCUGAACCUGAACCCACACAAGAAGCUGUUGUUGAGCCGGACCCUGUCCCUGUGGAAAAUGUGAUUGAAGCUUCUGUGGCAGGGGACACUGCUGCACCACCGCCAGAGCCUGAACCCGAGGUAGCAGCUGAGUCUGAGGUGGUUGCCUCUGAGCCUGAACCAGAGGCUGAGCCUGAACCUGAGGCGACUCCUGAGGUGAUUGAGGAGGAUCCAGAGGUGCUGGAGGAGGAGCCUGCUGCAGAAGAGGAGGAUGCACCUGUUGAGGAGAUGGUUGCUCCAUCUGAAGAAGAGGCAGCUGCUGAGGAGAUGAUGGGAGAUCAGGCUGCAGAGGAGGCUGAAGAACCAGCAACAGAAGCAGAGGAGGCUGUGGAGGAAGCUACAGCAGAGGUGGAAGAGUCUUUUGGUGAUGCGGUGGAGGAGGCUGAGGAGGAGGAGGCUGAGGAGGAGGUGGCUGAGGAGGAGGUGGCUGAGGAGGAAGUGGCUGAGGAGGAAGUGGCUGAGGAGACUGUAGAAGAUGAGAGUGCUCCUACAGAAGAAACUAUUGAGGACCCAGCUGAGCAAGAGGAGGCUGCUCCUGCAGAGGAAACUGAAGAGGAUGCAGGUCCUUUGGAAGAAGCUGUCGAGGAGAUAGCAGCAGAAGAGGAGGAGGAGGAGGCUGCUCCUUCAGAGGAGCCUGCUGAUGAGGAAGUAGCUACAGAAGAAUCUGAUGAGGCUGAGGCUGUAGCAGAAGAAAUGGAGGCAGAACCUGCAGACGAAGCUGCUGAGGAACCAGAUGUAGAACAGGAGGAAGCUACUUUAGAAGAAGCUGUUGAAGAGCAAGCUGAAGUGGAGGAAGCUCCUACAGAAGAGGCAGCAGAAGAGACCACAGAGGAAACUCCAGAGGAAGAAAUAAUGGAGGAGGAAACAGCACCAGAGGCAGAGGAAGAAGAGGUUGAGGAGGAAGCAGAAGAAGCAGAAGAUGCAGCAGAGUUUGUUGAGACAGAGGCACAGAUGAAGGAUGAGCCUACAGAAACGUAGAGGCCACAUCGGUCACCGUUGUGACGGAGCAGGGACCCACUGACGCUGCAUCAGCACCAUCUGAGCAUGCUCAGAAUGAUGAUGCACCUCUCCACCUCCAGAGAAAUGAUUGAGUUGUCACGCCAACACUCGCCCCUCUCCCUCCAUUUUCAUGCCUCCCUUUAAAUUUCCCUUUUAGUGUACAUGUGUGAGAUGAUGGAUGAAUUGUUUACUAAUGUGGUACUCCUUGGUUACCAUUGUUGUGUUUUCUUUGAAGUUUUGGCUUGUCAUUC